AUGGAUAAUUUACUCAUUGACACACUUGCUGAGCAGGUCAACCUUGGAAAUAAGGUCGACAAAAGUUUCAAAUCAUCGACUUACACUGCAGCGGCCCAUGCUAUUAGCACUAAGCUGAAAACAAUCAAGCAAAAUUUUGCAAUAUUGAAAAACCUUUUGAAUCAAAGUGGCUUUGCGUGGAAUGAUUCAACCAAGACAAUAGAUGCUACACCUGAUGUUUGGGCUACAUAUAUCGAGGAGUUAAAUAAGCAAGAUGCAAUUUCUGCAACUGCAACUAGUGCAACACCGAAUGUUGAGCAUGUGUUUGAUGAUAUUGAUGAGGCUGAGAAUUUUGAAGAUCCUAACCUUCAAGCAAGGCCGGUGGAGGCACGUAGUUUUGCAGAAGGAAGAGUUUUAGGAAAACGGAAGUCAUAUGCUUCAAUUGUUUCUGAACAAGUGCAAGACAUUGCUACACAUCUCGGGAAAGUUGCAUCUGCAGUUGAGAGAAUGUUUGGUUUAUUUAGCAAGGAAAAGGUGUAUGUCGAUGUUAUGAGCCUAUAA